CGCCGCCAAUACAGUAUGUGCUGCUAGAUUGUGCUCGUGGGGUUCACUCGGAGCUGCAUUGAAAUGAUGCUGUGAAACUUAUUUAUCCGGGGAAGAAUAAAAGGUCCGCAUUUGGGAAAUAUUCAAAACAUUUCCAGAAUUGUUAAGUAAACACAGAAUGGGUUCAACUGGUGUCGAUGAUUUGAUGCAGGAGGCCCCCAGGGUUCAUUUUUCUGGAUUUCAUUUGCAAAAUACAGAUUUUAGUGCUGCAGUAGUUGAUCAGCAGAUGGCUUCUGCAGCUGAAAACAUCAAGCAGCCCUUUGUUAUAGGAGUUGCUGGUGGUGCAGCAUCUGGGAAGACUCCAGUCUGUGAUAUGAUUAUAGAGCAGCUUCAUGAUCAGCGUGUUGUUCUUGUAAACCAGGAUUCUUUUUAUUACAAUUUGACAGCAGAAGAACUUAAAAAAGUUCAUGAGUACAACUUUGACCAUCCUGAUGCCUUCAAUACGGAGCUACUACUAAGCACCAUGGAAAGACUGAAACAUGGUCAGGCAGUAGAUAUUCCAAGAUAUGAUUUCAGAACUUACAAGAAUGACAUCUUGCCUUCUCGAAGGGUAAAUCCAUCAGAUGUCAUCAUUUUAGAAGGCAUACUCAUUUUUCAUGAUCCUAAAGUUCGAGAUUUGAUGAAUAUGAAGAUAUUUGUUGAUACAGAUUCUGAUGUACGGCUAGCCAGGAGGAUAAGGCGUGAUACUGUAGAAAAAAGUAGAGAUAUUGGGAUGGUACUUGAUCAGUACUCAAAAUUUGUAAAGCCUGCAUUUGAUGAUUUUAUUCUCCCGACAAAGAAGUAUGCUGAUAUUAUCAUUCCUCGUGGAGGUGACAAUCAUGUCGCUAUCGACUUAAUUGUUCAGCAUAUCCGGACGAAACUUGGUCAGCACGAUCUUUGUAAAAUAUACCCUAAUUUAUAUGUCAUUCAAUCGACUUUCCAGAUACGUGGAAUGCAUACGCUUAUACGUGACUCUGAAACAACAAAACAUGACUUUGUCUUCUAUUCUGACCGGCUAAUCCGAUUGGUUGUUGAACAUGGGCUUGGACAUCUCCCAUUUACAGAAAAGCAAGUGAUUACUCCUACCGGCUCUGUAUACACUGGAGUUGACUUCUGUAAGAGAUUAUGUGGUGUUUCUGUCAUCAGAAGUGGUGAGAGCAUGGAGAAUGCCCUGCGCGCAUGUUGCAAAGGAAUAAAAAUUGGCAAGAUUCUCAUUCACAGGGAAGGCGACAAUGGUCAGCAGCUGAUUUAUGAAAAACUUCCAAAUGACAUCUCGGAUAGACAUGUCUUGUUAUUGGAUCCAAUUCUUGGCACAGGAAAUUCAGCUGUUCAGGCCAUCUCUCUACUUAUCAAGAAGGGUGUUCCAGAGUCGAACAUCAUAUUCCUCACUCUAAUUUCUGCACCUCAAGGAGUACAUGUGGUCUGCAAACAUUUCCCUCGAGUAAAGAUCGUGACAUCUGAGAUAGAGUUUGGUUUGAAUGAAGAUUUUCGGGUUGUCCCCGGUAUGGGUGAGUUUGGUGACCGAUACUUUGGCACUGAUGAUGAUUGAACACCAAAAUGUGACUCCCCAUCAACAUUUAUCUGAUAAUUGAAGCUCCAGCAAAAUUAUUCGCUACUCACAAACAAAAGGGAAGGUUCGCGACGAUACGCUCAAUGCUUUCCUAGUACACUAUAUCUCGAUGAAAUUAUUCACAUUACAGACUAUAUAUCCAAGCAUAAAAUUGUGGGGUAUAUUUUUAGUAUUAUUAUUACUAUUUUUUUCCUUUUUUGUGGCGGCAGAAAUUCAGUAAUGCUAGUCUUCUGGCAUGUAUACCUGUUGAGGUUUCUUGUAUUAUUUACAUUGACCCCGUUUUUGAAAUGUGGCUUAAACCAAGAGAUAUAUAUAAUUUCAAGUAA